GAGUACGGGGACACCAUCGCUAAGCAAAACAGAAAAUGGCGUCAACUGAAAGCCAGCCGCGGUUUGGCCAGUCUGUCAAAGGAUUGUUAUCCGAUAAAGUAGGCUCAUGUAGCGGGGAUGUGAUCGCCCUGACCCGCCAAGUGCUGAAGGGAUCCCGCAGUCAGGAGCUUCUUGGUCAAGCAGCAAGAAAUAUGGUCAUUCAGGAGGACGCCAUCCUGCACUCUGAGGAUAGUCUGAGAAAAAUGUCCAUUAUCACCACACAUCUACAAUACCAGCAGGAGGCCAUCCAGAAGAAUGUGGAGCACUCUAAAAACCUGCAGGACCAGCUGAGACACCUGUUGAAGUGACGGAGCUGCAGAGGAUGCCCCCUCAGGAGGAUGCCCCCUUAGGAGGAUGCCCCCUAGGAGGAUGCCCCCCCAGGAGGAUGCCCCCUCAGGAGGAUGCCCCCUCAGGAGGAUCCCUUGUUAACAAUCACUGUCUCAGCAGAAGGGUUUCACGUCAAUAAUCUGCCACACUUUGUAACACACUGCUGGCUGGUGCAGCUGAGACUGGAUGUGAUGGUCUUCUCUGUAUCACACACAGGCAGUGCCUGCAAUGAAAGGACCUUGGCGUUGUUUUUUUUUUAGUUAUGUAAAAAGUUUUGAUCACUUGUAUUAUGUUAAUUUAUUAAAUACCUUGUCUGUGUCA